AACCACGACCUGACAGGAGCGAGGCGUGGCGACGGAGUGGGAAUGUGACCGCGGAGACACUCAACUGUCAGUGUGAGCUCAGCUCAGAGAAGAAGGAGAAGAAGCAGGAGAAGCUGAAACACUGAUCCCAUCUGCUCAGUAGAAAUGUCCCAGCAGCAGCAGCAGAACGGGGUGUCGCACCGGGGGAAGGUCCUUACUCUGGACAACAUGAACCCCAACGUCAAGCGGGUCGAGUACGCGGUGCGGGGCCCCAUUUUCCUGCGGGCCGUGGAGAUAGAGAAGGAGCUGAGAGAGGGAGUCAAGAAACCAUUCACAGAAGUUCUCAAGGCGAACAUUGGCGAUGCUCAGGCGAUGGGUCAGAAACCUCUCACGUUUUUCAGACAGGUCUUGGCUUUAUGUUCUUACCCUGAGCUCAUGGAGGACAGCAAGUUUCCAGUGGACGUAAAGCAAAGAGCGCAGCGUAUUCUCAGUGCGUGUGGCGGCCACAGUAUAGGAGCGUACAGUUCUAGCCAGGGGAUCGAGUGCAUCCGUCAGGAUGUGGCGCGCUACAUAGAGACGAGAGAUGGUGGAACCCCGUCCAGCCCUGACAACAUCUUCCUCUCCACUGGGGCCAGUGAUGCCAUCGUGACCAUGCUGAAGCUGCUGAUGUCCGGCGAGGGCCACGAUCGCACAGGAGUGAUGAUCCCCAUCCCCCAGUAUCCUCUGUACUCGGCUGCCCUGGCUGACCUGGGCGGGGUGCAGAUCAAUUAUUACCUGAAUGAGGACAAGUGUUGGGCGUUGGACAUUGCAGAACUCAGGAGAGCCAUCAGUGCAGCCAGGCAGAACUGCAGCCCCCGUGUCCUCUGCAUCAUUAACCCGGGAAACCCUACGGGUCAGGUGCAGACCAGGCAGUGCAUUGAAGACGUGAUACGGUUUGCCAAAGAGGAGCGCCUCUUCCUCCUGGCUGAUGAAGUUUACCAGGGUAACGUGUACUCAGAGGGCAGUGAAUUCCACUCCUUUAAGAAGGUUUUGUUUGAGAUGGGACCAGAAUACUCUAGCACAGUGGAGUUGGCCUCCUUCCACUCCACCUCCAAAUGCUACAUGGGAGAAUGUGGAUUCCGUGGAGGUUACAUGGAGGUGAUUAACUUGGACCCUAUGGUGAAGGCUCAACUCCUUAAACUGGUGUCGGUGCGUCUCUGUCCCCCCGUCCCCGGGCAGGCUCUCCUGGACUUGGUGGUCAACCCACCACAGCCUGAUGAGCCCUCCCAUGCCACAUUCAUGAAGGAAAAGACGGAAGUGUUGGCAGCUUUGGCAGAGAAGGCCAGGUUAACGGAACAGACCUUCAACACAGUACCUGGCAUCACGUGUAAUCCAGUCCAGGGGGCCAUGUACACUUUCCCCCGCAUCACUAUACCACAGAAGGCCAUCGACAAGGCCAAGGAGUUAGGUCAAAUCCCAGACAUGUACUACUGUAUGAGGCUCCUGAAUGAGGAGGGCAUCUGUCUGGUACCAGGUAGUGGCUUUGGGCAGAGAGAGGGAACGUUCCACUUCAGGAUGACCAUCUUGCCACCCACUGAGAAGCUGAAGAUUGUGCUGCAGAGGAUCCGCGAGUUCCAUCUGCGCUUCACACAGGAGUUUUCGUAGCGAUGCGAAAACUAACUCUUUCAGUGCCUUCACCUUUAAGUGCAUUUGAGCCCGUAUCCCGUCAGUGAAGAAACUUAGAUGUCUUGUUUAGACAGCAAGUCAAAAAAUGUGCAAUCAAAGCUUUCCUGCCCUUUAUAUGAAGCAUGCAAUGAUGUCCUGAUUAUCAGUACUUGAGGUGGUACUACUUGAGGUAGUAUCACAUGGCCAAAUUUGUCAGGUUUAGGUUUUAGAUCCAUUUCAGGUGCCUUUCUCCCCUGCAAUGUUGUUUCUCUUGUGUCACAGUCAUGUUACGUGAUUCUUUGAUUUAUGACUGACUAGAGUUUUUAAAGUAAUGAGAGAGACCAAGUACUGACAAGGAAAUCCUCAAUUAAAUGAAGACAUAUGUAAUACUAAUGUUCAAAAUGAAAUUAAACUUUUAGAAUUUCUAAAAACA